AUGAGUGGUAUAGCCACCCAUGGUCGACACUUGCAGAAUGCUGAAAGAGAUUUGCAGUUUGCCAUUCGGGCCUGGGCCAAAAAUGUUGGCGCCAACAUCUUGGAGGUACCUGUGCAAAUGUGGGAUCCCAGCGAAAACGCGAUUGUGGAUUGCAACCUUUCAGUUUUGGACCCUGUUUCGCUGAUGUCAUGCCUCUGGCACAGAGGUCGUGAAGUCUUUAGAAAAGUCUGCUUUGGUUCCAUGACGGAGAAUGAUGUGAAGGCGUACUGGAAGAACGCAUCAGAGCGUUGCGCGUGGUUCCAGGUGACCGAAAAUUGCAAGAAUCCCGCAAAGUGGGAUCGUCUCAUUCCUUUAAGCCUUUACGGUGACGACGUGAACACGUACCGCAACACGGAGGCCGGAGCCAUCAGCAUCAUCGCCUUUUGUUCAGAUUUCGCAUUUGGAAAUUCCCCGAUGCUCCGGUAUAUGCUGCUGACAUUGUACUCAGUCUACAUGUCCUGCCAGCACACUUACAACGAUAUCUUGCGGAAGGUUUUCGAUCGGCUUCGCUUGCUGUGUGAUGAAACAGCAGGACACCCCUGGCAGAAAGAGGGAUACUCCUUUUGCUUGUCGGCAGUCUUGGGAGACAUGAAGUGGCAGAAUGAUCAGUAUGGGAUUCACAACUUCCGGGCCAACACUCCAUGUUCGUUGUGCCGGGCAUGCAAGGUAGCUGCCGACGUUCGGGACACUAUUGCUGAUUUUCGUGAUGGGGCAAACCAUCUUCAGACAGCAAUCAGUCACGAAGAGUACGUCCAGCAGCUGCCACAGGCAGAUUUGCCCAUUCCAAUGCAGUUCGGAGUGAGGCUCGAGAGAUUUCUGCCAGACGUGAUGCAUUCGCAGCUUUUGGGCACUGGAAAGUGCCAUAACGGAAGUGCCCUGUGCUACCUCGUGGAGGCCGGCUGCUUUGGCGACUUCAGUCACGGCGUUUACGAGGAAUGCAUGCAGGAGAAGCUGAGAGUGGCGUACAAGCGCUUUCGAUCAUGGUGUCGAGAAAACAAGCUUCGCACAGUCCACCCAAGGUUCACAGCAGCUAGGUUACAUCGGAAACUGCGCUCUAUGUUUCCAUGCCUCUCCAGCAAAGCAAUAGCAGGGAAAGUGGUGAGCUUUUGGUUGGCGCAUGAGGCUCAUGAGUGGGCUGGCCGGCCAGAUGCUGAACAUUUGGAUCAGGUUGUUUCCUGCUGCUGCUUUUCUUAUUGUUCCAUGUUGCAACGCAUGGGCAACUAUCCGUUGUUGUUGACGCAGCAGCAAGCUGAUGCUAUACAUGCCGAUGGAAUGUUGCAUCUUCAAGCUUACGCUUACCUCCGGGCUCACAGCGCUGGGAUUCGCCGAGGUCGCGGGAAGAAUCUUUGGUUGCUUCUUCCUAAACACCACCAUUGUCAAAAGAUGUUGAAGACGGUGAAGAAGGAGCGACUGAAUCCGAACCAAAGCAGCCUUUUGGCAGCGGAGAGCUUUGUGGGCUUGGUUGGCAAAAUGACACGGACUGCCCACCGAGCCACAGUCACACUUCGUGGCAUUCAGCGCUACUUGUGCGUGCUCAACAUCAGGCUUCGCGAGGUUGCUAAUUAG